CUCACGGGUUUUACACCGCACCGCGGGUAUUUUUCGUCUCUGUAUUCUCGUUCACUGUUUCGUCCUCGACUUCGCAAUACAAAACACGCCAUGAAAGAGGUUUAAUUUUCUCCACGAUCGUUUCGUUUCAGGUAGAAUUUUGACUGAAUUUUCCAGAUUUACGAUGCGUAUUCGAAACCUUAACAGAUCUAUCACAAAUUUGCACAGGUUUUAGCUCCGAUUUCGCCUCUCUUGGACUCGGCUUUCUGGGCAACUUUCCGGUGAGUUUUGAUGUGUUAACUGACUCGUCUUCUUGCUCUCCUUUGACGGAGCUGAAUAGAAUGGAAUUGGAAGUAAUCAGUUGUGACAUCAAAGUGAAUGAUAAGAAAAAGGAAUCGAGGCGAGUAUGGACCAAAGCUGAAGAAGCUGCAUUGUUGAACAUAUUAGACUCCGUAAUCCUUGAGGGUGGUCGUACUGAAAACGGUACCUUCAAGCCAGGUACGUAUAUACACAUUGAAAAGGCAUUGACAAAAGUUUUACCAAAGUCUGGCUUGAAAGCUUCUCCGCACAUUGACUCAAAGAUGAGAAAAUGGAAGAAGCAAUAUGGUGUAAUUCUUGACAUGUUGAACACGGAUGGCUUCAUAUGGAAUGAUGCGAAAAAAUGUGUGAUGGUUGAUAGUGAUGCUACUUGGGAGUCUUAUAUACAGUCUCACACGCAGGCUAGAAAAUGGAGAAACAAGCCAUUCCCCAUAUAUGAGAGGUUAAUCAAUAUAUUCGGAAUGCAUCGUGCAACUAGAUGUGGAGCAGCAACUCCUGGUGAAAUGGUUGAAGAGAUAAAUUUGGAGAAGGCCAAUGGUGAUGCUCUUGAGGUUAAUGGUGGUGCUCUUGAGGUUAACGGUGGUUGUUCUCCCGUAUCAGUUGCACAACCUAGUAGUUCCCAACAUUCCAUGGGAUCUCAGUUUGAAAUUUCAAGUAAAAAAAGAGGGAGAUCAAGAGACGACCUCAUCAUUGGAAUAAAGGAGAUUGCUACAUCAUUUGAGCGUGCUUAUUCUCGGUCAGUUGAGCUCAUGGAUAAGUUAGUUGAGCGUUUAAUUAAUGACAGAGAAGAUAGGAGUGACAUUGCUGAUGAGCUCGCUGCUAUGGGUCUUAGUGAGGACGAUGAAUUUGAGGCAUUAACUCUUAUACUAGACAAACCAUCCUAUAUUUCAGCAUUCAAAUCAUUAAGAGGUGAACGUAAGGUAGCAUUUACUAAAAGACUUGUAAGGAAGAAAGCACGUACUUGAUUUGUAUAAGAGUAUGUUUAGCUAUGAAUUAGUGUUGACUCGUGUAGGAGUAUGAUUAGUUAUAUUUAUUUGCGGGUUAAUAUC